UCGUUCUUCGAUAUUGUGUUCAUUCAAAAUCAGCUGUUGCAUGUAUUCCAAUUAGGAAAAAUUAUGGAAACAGAACUGACAAUAGCUGACUCCAUAGCAAUCAAAUUAUUGCGAGGAGGUGCAUUAAUUACUGGUGUGGGCAAUGAAUUACAUCUCCAUACACCGAAAACAAGCGAACGCCUCGUGCUUUCUCAGAGAUUGCGCGCUAAAGUGCAUGGUAUUGUCGAUGUGCCGAUGAAAAUCGCAUGUCGGUAUCAGGGAAGGCUAAUUGUACACGGAGAAAAGGAGUGUUUGUUGUUGCAAUAUGACUGUGUCGAAGAAAAGUACACCUUUAACGACCUUUGGCAUUUUCAACUUACUGAUUGGAUAAGCUCAGCUGGUUUCCUGCAAGAUCCAAAUGAGUUUAUUCUUCUUACGUCGCAUAGCGUGGUUCUACACAUUUUGUACAAUGAGAACGCAGAAAAAGGAGAUGUUUGUAAGGUUGUAGCGAAAUCAUCUUCUAACGAUAAAUCUACCCUGUAUUGUUCUCGUAUUCAUGGAAAGACUUUGGAGGAACUGGUAAUUUUUGGAGGUAAUGCAUUUGGUGAACUUCUAAUAUGGAAACCAUUUUCGGGAGAUAACAUUUCAAACAAUAUUGACUGCGCCCAGUUUCAAGUAGAACUAAAGCGAAGGCAACCAGCACAUAAGGGAGUUAUCUUUUCCAUUGACUUCGAUGAUGCAUUUGGUUUACUGACUACUACAUCGGACGAUCGCUCGAUACGUUUCUGGAAGCUUGAAAAGCCGUCAACUGAUGAUUGGGAUAAAUUCAACCUCAACGCAAUAGCUAGCGGUUAUGGCCAUGUUGCGCGCGUGUUUCAAGGAAAAAUUAUACAUUGUUGUGGCCAACAAUUUGCCGUGACCGUAGCAGAAGAUUCGCAUGUUUGCGUUUGGAAAAGUAAUGCUGAGUUAGUAUUCAAAAAACGUGUUCAAUUCGGUGCUGUGAUUUGGAACUUUGAAUAUGAUCAACACACCCACACACUGUACACCGUCGGCUCCACAGGCAAUCUAUUUACGCUUAAUCUUAAAGAUGUCAUACAGGAAGCAAACCAGUCUUCAGCCACAACAGUAUUGACUGAUUUGGAACCAAAAGAAUAUGUGGGCAAAGCGAAACUCAUUAAAUUUGACAUGCUCGUCGGUGUGACCAAUAAAAGUCGCCUCAUUUACACUAGCCUCAAAUGCAACGAGGAGAAUGAUGGACUUGAAUGCGGAGCGUGGCAAGUUUUGCAGAUGAAUAAACUAUUUAAAUGUACAGUGCUUGAGGUACACGACAAUUAUAUAGCGUUUUGUGGCUACAAAAGACUAGCACUCUUUAAAUAUUGUAAUCAAGGAAUAUUCGAAAAACUAUUUGAUGGUGACAUUAUGGAUGGAGUAAUACGAGCAUUUCAUUUCUUGAGCAAUAGUACGUUUUUAAUUUCUGACGAGACGGGCAAAUGUUUACUUCUCGAAGGUGAAAGUCUACAGUUACGCAUUGCUGUACCACUGCCGCAUUGCAAAGAACCAUGGACGACAACCGCUCUGCGAAUUCAAGCACAAGAAAAAAAAGAAUUCCUAGUGAUGAGUAAUCGUAUGGGAAAUAUACUGCUGUUUAACCUAGAAGUUGCUACUACCAGUUGUAUACUUACGUCCACUCUUCGGCAACUACAUGGCGCAUUGGGCGCAACAAUGCUUAGCGUGCAGGAAGUGUGCAAUGAGGAAGUUUUUAUACAGAGUGCUGGUCAUGAUGGCUCACUGUGGCUGCUGUCCAUUGAAAUCAAAUCGGGCACUAUUACAUCGCAUCAGCGCACGCCUGUACCGGUAGCGUGGGUCGAACAUUUAAUUGCCAUGGAAAACUCUGAAUUUCUUUUAGGAUUUAACGAUAACCAUUUUGUGGUGUGGUCCCAACAGCAUGACUUCUCUGUGCAAGUACCAUGCGGAGGUGGUCAUCGUAGUUGGCAUUAUAAUAUUACUACAGAUGUCCAUAGUACAAAGUUUUUGCAGCUGCUCUUUAUAAAAAAUAAAGCGUUACGACUGCAUAAACUUAAGUUGUUCAAUAAUCCUGCAACCAGUUUAAAGGUAUUCCAAAAUCGAUGGCACACGCGUUCAUGUAACGUUCUGGAGUUGGUUGAGGCAGCUAACCAUGGGGAACCGCACCCGAUACUUAUAAGUGCCGGCGACGAUAACAUUGUAAAAAUAUCCAAACUAAUGCCCCGAGGUCGUCUAGUACAAUGUGCAGAAGUACAUUCACAUAUUUCCAAUGUGAGAGCUUUGAAAGUACUACAAGUAUAUGCGGAUGAAGUCUUAAUAUUUUCAGGUGGCGGACGUGCCCAAUUGUGUAUAACACGAUUAAAUCUAAAAAGUUUUCGUAACCAAGAACUUGUAAGUUACACCCUAAACAAAAGUGGACAAAUGAAAGGACAAAUAAAUUGUUACCGACCAGAUCCGGAAACCCGCAUAAUGGCAUGCGAUGUUGUCAAAGCGAACACUGAAAACUCAGGUGUGGGUAUGGGGUACCUUAUAUUCCUAUGUUGCUCAGAUGGAUAUCUGCGUAGAGUGCUAGUUAACGCGUCCUUUCAAGUGGUUUCUGAGCAUUCCGUAUAUUAUGGCUGUUGUUUACUCCAAGUAAGGGCAAUCGCGAAUUCAUACUUGAUAACCGCGGGCACAGAUGGAAAUUUACGGUUUUUUGACUUAGAUUUGACCGAGUUUCCCAUUCAAUUGUCGCAUCAUGCCAGUGGAGUGAACGCGAUGGACAUUCUGUUCGAGGUAGGCAGCAAUAUACUGCAUAUACUCACCGGUGGUGAUGAUCAGUCGGUUUCCUAUAGCUGCUUACAAUUACAAGAUGCCAAAAGUUUUAAAAUCAAAAAUAAAUUCCAUCUGGCGAAUGCACACUCGGCUCAAGUUACCGCUGUUCAGCUUUCGUCCGAUGGGAAAACCGUAUGUGCCUACACCUCUGGCUUAAACCAGACUAUCAACAUGGUUGACAUACAAACCCAAGAGGUUGAACUGAUUUGUUAUACAUGCGUAUCGGAUAUUAAAGGUCUAGUCGUAGAUGAUUGCAAACGAUGUUUUGUCUAUGGCUCUGGCAUUCAAAUAUUUAAACUAAAAAAGUAAUAAGGUGAAUUUUUAAGAUGAAUUUAGUUUAUUAGUUAAUUGUUUUACACACCA